GUUGCCGUUGUCUUUUCCUACCCCCAGGACGCACGUUAGCAACAUGAGUGGGGCAAACGCUAAAAAGGGCUCUUCCCCCGGUGUGAUGGAGUGGAUCAGCUCGGCCUGUCGAUUCGCAACAGAUAGAAACGACUUCAGAAGGAAUCUUCUGGUGAAUUUGGGCUUGUUUGCAGCUGGUGUUUGGGUUGCAAGAAAUCUCUCCGAUUUCGACCUGAUGUCUCCUCAGCCAGUGACAUAGCGUGACCCAAAUACAUCACAGCCAGGAUGAUGGCAUCCUGGACCAACAAAGAAGAAACAGUGGACACAAAUAAACUCAUGAAACAGUUUUUAUGACUAGUUUUAGUUUGAAAACUUUUGUCUGGUUUACUUGUGUUACAUCCAUUGACCUUUUGUUUGACCAUUUGUUAGUUGUUGUUUUUUUUUUUAACCUUUCUUGUAAGUGUAGAUUACAACUGUGCAGUUUACUUUUUGUCUUUGAUUCCAGCUAAACAGCUACUUAAAAUUGAAAUAUCUCUA